AUGAAGCUUUCCAAGUUUGCCAAGCACUCGCUCACUUUCGCCGGUCCAUCGCCUAUUCAGCACUUGGAACGUCUGUCAAAGACUCUGGGCAAUAAGGUUCAGCUGUAUGCUAAGCGUGAAGACUGCAAUUCCGGUCUUGCUUUCGGUGGUAACAAAACGCGCAAGCUCGAGUACAUCAUUCCAGAGGCCAUCGAGGGAGGCUACGACACGCUCGUGUCCAUCGGUGGCAUCCAGUCCAACCAGACGCGUCAGGUGGCAGCAGUGGCCGCCCACGUCGGCUUCAAGUGCGUCUUGGUGCAGGAGAAUUGGGUCAACUAUCCGCCAAAAGAGGCUGCUAUCUACGACAACGUUGGUAACAUUGAGCUAUCCCGUAUCCUAGGCGCAGACGUGCGCAGGGAUGCUUCGGGCUUUGACAUUGGGAUUCGUCCGAGUUGGGAGGCAGCCAUGGAAGGUGUUAAGAAGGCCGGUGGCAAGCCGUACCCCAUUCCAGCCGGCUGCUCGGAGCAUCCAAAGGGUGGUUUGGGCUUCGUUGGCUUUGCCGAAGAGGUUCGACAGCAAGAGAAGGAGCUGGGUUUUCAAUUCGACUAUGUCGUCGUAUGUGCUGUAACAGGCAGCACCAUGGCUGGCAUGGUGGUUGGGUUUGCAGCUGAUGGACGGGCGAACAAGGUCAUCGGCAUUGAUGCGUCUGCCACACCCGAAAAGACCCGUGAGCAGGUGCUACGUAUCGCCAAGAAUACGGCGGAUCUGGUCGAGCUAGGACGCGAAAUUACUGAAAAGGACGUCGUACUGGACACGCGUUUCGGAGGACCGGAGUACGGAUUGCCCAACCAAGGUACAUUGGAUGCCAUUCGACUUUGCGCACGUACUGAGGGCAUGUUGACUGAUCCGGUGUACGAAGGUAAGUCGAUGGAUGGAAUGAUCUCCAUGGUGCGCAACGGAGAAUUCCCUGAGGGCUCCAAGGUGUUGUAUGCCCACUUGGGCGGCGCUCCGGUACUGAGCGCUUAUAGUUACUUGUUUAAAGAAGGCUAA